UGGAUCCAGUCCAGUCAAGUUUUUUUCAGUUAUAUAUCAUCCACCACGACGCGUUGUCUCUCGUUACACAGAUGCCAUGGAGUUCUAUGGCCAUAAGAAAACUCUGCAUAACUUCAUGUCUACACAAGAAGGAAAUGUAAUGCAAUCCCUUACAACUCUCCCUGGGAUAAGAACCCAUCAAGCUCAAGAAAUGACUGAUCAAGAACUCCAAUUUACCCCUCCAAGACCUUCUAACACUAACGAGCUUACUCUAAUCCCUCCAACGAGUCCUGGAUCGCCAUGGACACUUUCUCCUCUCCGAAGCCCUUCUCCUUCCCUUCUCUACCAUUGUAUAGCUUCUCUUCAUCGCAACGACGGCAACAUUUUCUCCAUUUCUGUCUCAAAAGGAGUUGUUUUCACUGGCUCUGAAAGUAAGCGUAUACGUGCAUGGAGGCAACCGGAUUGCCUCGAACGGGGAUAUUUAAAGGCUAGUUCUGGUCAAGUUCGUGCAGUUUUAGUUCACGAUAAUGUGCUUUUCUCUGCUCAUAAAGAUGGUAGGAUUCGAAUUUGGAAUUUCACACUUUCAGAGAAUUUUAAAGGAAGAAAAAUAUCGUCAUUACCCAAAAGAAGUUUGUUUCUUCGUUUCUCUAGUUCAGACACACAUCAACAUAAAGAUUGUGUUUCUUGCAUGGCUUAUUAUCAUGCAGAGGGGCUUUUAUAUACUGGUUCGUAUGAUAAAACAGUUAAAGUUUGGAGGGUUUCAGAUAAAAAAUGUGUAGACUCAUUUUUAGCUCAUGAAGAUUAUGUAAAUGCAAUACUGGUGAAUCAAGACGAUGGGUAUGUUUUUACAUGCUCUUUAGACGGGUCAGUUAAAAUAUGGAGGAGAGUGUAUGGAGAAAAUUCUCAUACCCUCACUAUGAUAUUAAAAUUCCAGCGAUCGCCUGUUAACGCCUUGGCGAUAAGUUCAACAUUCAGUAAUUGCUUUCUUUAUUCAGGAUCUUCUGAUGGUAUGAUAAAUUUUUGGGAGAAAGAGAGAUUUUCUGGCCGGUUUAAUCAUGGUGGUUUUUUGCAAGGACAUCGAUUUGCAGUUCUUUGUCUAGCGGCUUCUGAGAAGUUGAUAUUUAGUGGAUCAGAGGACACAACAAUUCGAGUAUGGCGGAGAGAAGAAGGAAGUUAUUUUCAUGAAUGUCUAGCAGUGUUAGAAGGGCAUAGAGGUCCAGUUAGAUCCUUGACUGUUUGUUUGGAAAUCGACAAGGUUGUGAUGGGAUUUUUAGUAUAUAGUGCAAGUCUGGAUCAUAACUUCAAGAUAUGGAGAGUUAAGGUUAUGCCUGAAGAGAGAAUUUGCUUGGAUUACAAUACAGUAGAAACUGAUUCAAAGACAAAGGCGAUCAUGGAAUAUGAGAUGAGUCCUGUUCUAUCUCCUUCAUGGGUAGAGAAGAAACGCGGAGCAAAAUCCCUUUCAAUAGAUAAUAAAAAUAAAUAAAUUAAUUGAUGAAUAAAAGAUAAUGUUUUUUUUGUUUGAUUGAUCUUUUGUCGUUUCAAGAAUUUGCAAUUUUUUCUUUUACAAAUCCAAUGGGAAACUCCAAAUUAUUUCUUGUA